AUGCCAUCAAACGCAACGAUGUCCUGCAACCUGCAUCGUGAUAAGAAGGUUAAACUUGAGGGAGGCGUUGGCUACUAUGAAAUUGUUUACGAUGUUCCGAGCGGAAUCCAAGGGCCGAUGCACCUUCGACCCGGUUUGCCCUACCGCGGAACUACUCGCUAUGCCUACUUACCGAACACCGAAGCUGGUGCCAAAGUGCUAAAGCUGUUGAAGAAAGCCUACGGUUACCCCGAUGCCGAUUAUCUCGAUCGCGUCACCGAGGAGCUGAAGAACGCCGGAAAAAGCGACUGCAUAAAGACUGUCAACCGGCUCUAUUCUGAGCUCUUCCUCUUCAUCAAUUCAUUUGAUCGCGGGAAUAUCACCGAGAACGUCAACAGACUGAAACAGAUUGAACAAGCGUGUGAACAACUAAAGGAGACGAUCCGGCAAAUCCCAGGAAUUGAUAGCGAAGAAGACGAACAGACUACGAAGAUCCGAUCACUCUACAAGCAGGAGCCCGGCGACAAAUUGAAUCAAAAAGUUCACUGUUCCUAUUGCAACAGCAUCGUGUUGCUGCAGAACUUGGCUGUUUGGGACCCUGUGUCCUUCGAAUUGCCGAUGGCUCAACAACGUAAGGAGCGUCAGGAACAAGAAGUGGACAAGGAGACAUUGGAAGGAUUUUGGGCGGUUAAGAAUAUGAUGGACUUUGAAAACGUCGGAUUUACUCAUGCAGUCGGCGGGUACAAAUACCUCACAUGUGCCGAAUGCGAAUAUGGACCGAUUGGAUUUAUACGUGGGAAACUACACGCAUUCGACCAACAUUUGAACAUGAUCCUCUCCAAUGUCGAAGAGACUGUCACGACGGUUGAGCUCGACGAAGAGUCUUUUGAGGAAAUCUACAGACAAACCAAGCGGACAUUGCCGAUGUUGUUUGUCCGCGGCGAUGCUGUGAUCCUCGUUUCCCCACCAAUGAAGGCGUCU